GCCUGCAUUAUAUUUUCUUUCUCUUUCUUUCUUUCUUUAUCUUUUUUUUCCCUUUUUUGUCAAUGUGAAAAAAAAUUAUAUUAAUUUUUAUAUUAUUUAUUCCCUUUUUUAUUUCUUUAUAUAUAUAACACACUCUUCAUGUCACUCUUUCUUUCAUCAAAUAAACCUCGUUCAUUACAUCGACCAAUUACAACAUCAAUUAACAAUGACAAUAACGUUACAUCAUUAGAACACUCUCUAGAUGAAUGGUUUAGUAGAAGCAACAGUAGUCAAUCAACAGAAACCUUAAACGAUGGUGCUUCAAUUACUAGUACUACUUCUACUAUUACCACAACCAAUUGUCCUUGUUGUCAAUCAAUACAAUGUGAUUCUUGGAGAAAUAUACGUAAAAUGAUUCGAAAAUUGGAAACCGAAACUCGAUUAGCAGCAGAAAUUGGACAAUCUUUGCUACAAAAGAACGAUGUUUAUUUAAUGGAAUCUAAUCAACUAAAAGAACGGUUUGAACAAUGUCAAGAAAGAAAACAAGAAUUAGAAAUAUCUUUGGAUGAAACUGAAAGAUUUGCACAACAAUUACAUCGAGAAAAAGAUAAAUGGAUGUGGCAAUAUGAAAAAUCAGAAAAGAUAUUGAAUGAAUCAGUAGCGGAUUUGGAAAAUACAAACAAUAAAUGUGCUGCAUUGACUGAAGAACUAGAACGUACAAAAUCUGAACUAGAAAAAUUACAACUCUUUAAAGUCAAAUCUCAUCAAUUUGAUUCUCGUGAAGAUACUUUACAAUCAAAGCUUGAAGAUACAACUCAAGAAUUAAUUAUUUCAAGAAAAAACGAAAUGGUUUUGGAAUCUAAAUACAAAAAACUUAUGGCUCGUUAUGAAUCCUUAUCCUAUUCUUCUCAAGAUACGAAUAAACCAACUUUGAAAACAAAAUUCAAUAUCAAGUCAUUAUCUACUAUUACCACUCCAACUGUAGCUGAUAUUCAACGUGCUACAACUGAUGAAUUACAUGCUUUUAUCAAUGAACUUUUAUCAACAAAUACAAGUCUCAAAAAUGAAUUAUUAAAUACUACAGCACGACUAGAAGAUGCAAGGAAUGAAGCUGCUUCUCUUCAAGAUCAAGAUAUGAACAUGGGGAAAGGUAUCACCAAAUCUACAAAAAAAGCCAACAAUAAGUCAAAUUCAAAUGUACGACACUCCACCUUUACAAACAAUCAAACUACUUCUAGCACUACUAUCAUCAAUAAUGACUCUCGAUCAAGACGACAUCGCUCAACUUCAACUCGAAUGCCUAGAUCAAAAUCAGUUCGAGAUGGUCUCAAAUCUUCUUCCUCUUCUUCUAUGCGAUCUUCCACUUCUCCCAUACCUCAAACAACAACAUCUACACCUGUAGUACAUCAUCAUUAUCAUUAUUAUUUACGACAACGCAAACAAAGUGAUACCCUUGAUGAAGAACCCAAUCAGGAUAUUGUACCAACUUUAUGUCGCGAUCAACACUGUGAUGAUCUAAAAUUACCUACGCCUUUUCCUUCCUCUAUGCAUACCAAAUCAACAGCAAAAGAUGAAUCUAAUUUUGGAAUGAUAUCACCCAUCACUCUCAGUAAUAUCGACAAAACUCAUAACCAUUACCAUCAUCAAGACGCGGAAGAAAUACAACAGAUCAAUACUCUGGAUGAUACCUUUGUUCUCUCUCCAAGCUCUUCUGCCCCUGUAUCGACAACUGAAAGACCUGUUAUUAUAACCGAUCUUCAUCAACAAACAAUACCACUAUCUCAAUCACCACCACUGACCACCUUACCAGAAACGCCUUCAUCAUUCACCCCUUACACUACACUUUUGAAUCAAGCUCGUGCAGUAUUACAACGUCUUCAAUCAACAGAUACUCGAACCUUGAAUCGUCGACUACAGCGUGCUUUUGAUAUCACGGAACUUAGCAAUAUGAGUAACGCUAUUUUACAAAAUAUCGUGACUGACGUGGAUACUAUGGAUGCAAGAUUUAUCUGGCUGGCUCCGGAUGAAAACAAUAACGGUAACAAUGAUGAUCCCAGCAUGAUCAAUGAAAAGGCAUCUGAUGGACGACAGUCAUAUACUUUUUCUUUCUUGGUGAAUGAAUUUUUCUGUAUGGUACAACUGUUACAAGAACUUUUACAAGAAAUUGGUCAACUGUCCAUCACUAUCAAUCAUCUCCAAGUAGCUUAUGUGAAAAAAGUGGAAGAAAAUGAAAUACGCGUGCAACAAGAAGUGAUGGAAAAAUAUCAACAGAUUACUAGUCAACAACAAACCUCCAGUAACGAUACCACGUCAUCUCUUUUACCAGCAACAAAUCCAUCUAUUGAAUCAUCUGCACCAUCUCAUCUAUCAUCUACACCCAUUCAUUGGCUAGCCUCCUUAUUCACUAGCAACAAUGUCAACACAUCAACGACAACAACAACAACAACAACAACUGACUAUGUGACACUACUUUCUCAUCAUUCAUCAGGACAUUUACAUCCAACCACUACUACGUCUCAACAAACUGAAAGACAUCCAGAUAAAAAGAACAUUCAUACCAAUCAUCAUCAUCAUUAUCCGCAUACUUCAUAUCCUUUGGACAAUAAUAGCAAUAUUAAAGGUGGAAGACAUCAUCCAUUUUGGCCAUCUAUCUCUUUGAUUCUGGACGAAUUAAGGCGAUCAUCCAUGAUUGGCUCUUCUUCUUUGGAUAGGGAAUGGUAUUGGACUUGCUCAGAUGGUCUUUCUGCUUCUUGGUUAGAGAACAAAGAUUAUUGAUACUUAUAUUAAUUCUAGUUAAAAUUAGAUACUAUUAUUAUUAUUAUUAUUUUACUUAUUCUUUAUUUUGUAUAUAUUAUUCUUCUUCAUUAAAUAAUAAAAACAUCUUUUAC